AUGACGGGCGUGAAGCAGGAGGCUGACACGCUGACGGGCCCGCCCUUGGUGAUGUCACUUCCCGGCUGGGCUGCGAUGUCCCCCCCAAGCAGCCCGGGCACUCCUCCCGUGCCCGCGGGGCACCCCGACCUCAGGCUGCUGCCUGGGGAAGCCGCUUUCCAGGAUUUGGCCGAAGAGCCGUCGUUCAAAGGGCCUCGCACCACCUCCGAGGGCACCCCUCAAGCCGAGACCUGCAAGCGGCCUUUGUCAGAGCUGCGCAGGGUGCGUUUCUCCGCCGAGGCCGCGCACAGCCGCUCUCCCCCAGGCCGCUGGGCCCUCCCUGUCACCCCUGCCCACGUGGACUCCAGCCGGCGGCCCGACCCGUCAUCAGGGCCCUGGUCGAGACGAUCCUCCUCCCCCUCCUCCCCCUCCCCCACCUCCCCCUCCUCCUCCUCCUCCUCCUCCUCCUCUUCUUACUAUGUCGUGUUCCCGGGCACCCAGGAGGAGGCGGCUAAUGCUGAGGAACCCAGUCCCCCACAGAGCCCCUCCCCCACUGCCAUGGCCACCCCUCCACGGAGCCAAUCUGAAGACGACGGCCUCAGCCCCCCAGAUGAGGAAGGGCCGAGCACCUCGCAUGACCAGGAAGAUGCCGAGUCCUUGCUCCAAGAUGCACUACAUCUGAAGGUGGCUGACCUGAUGGGGUUCCUCCUGCUCAAGUAUCGCCGAAAGGAGCCGAGCACAAAGGCAGAAAUGCUGACCGUCCUCAAGGAUUACCAGGACCACUUCCCCGUGGUCUUCAGGUGAGCCUCCGAGUGCAUGCAGCUGGUCCUUGGCCUCGACGUGAAGGAGGUGGACCCCCGCGAGCGCACCUACGUCCUGGUCCCCACCCUGGGCCUCACCUGCGAUGCGGUGCUGAGCGACGGGCAGUGCAUGCCCAAGGCCGGCCUCCUGGUCUUGCUCCUGGGCCGGAUCGCCCUGUCCGGAGAUCGCUGCCCCGAGGAGGAGGUCUGGGGAGCACUCGGCAAGCUGGGGGUGUGUGCCGGGCAGGAGCACCGCAUCUACGGGGAGCCCAGGGAGCUGCUCACCGAAGUGUGGGUGCAGGAGGGCUACGUGGAGUACCGGCCGGUGCCCCACAGCGACCCCGCCCGCUACGAGUUCCUGUGGGGUCCCCGGGCCCACGCGGAGACCAGCGAGUGGCAGGUCCUGGAGCAUCUGCUCUGGGUCAAUAGCUUGGAUCCCAGGUCCUUAGCAUCCCUGUGGGCAGAGGCUGUGAGCGAUGAGGAAGAGGGGGCCUGAGCCAGGGCC